AUUUCAAAAUAUCUGAUGUUGUUAUUCUUUGUUGCUAACGUGGUGAAACACGUGCAGGUAACUCGUCUCACGUGUGGGGGUUUCAUCUUCGCCAUUCGACUCAACCACACCGUCAGCGACGGGAUUGGGAUCGUCCAAUUCAUGUCCGCGGUGGGCGAGCUCGCACGUGGGGCGCGGGCCCCAUCCAUUCUACCAGUGUGGCAGAGGGAGUUGCUCAACGCACGUGACCCACCCCGUGUGACGCACGUGCACCGGGAGUACGAUCAAGUGCCUGACACAAAAAGUACAAUAAUACCCCUCUCUAACAUGGUCCACCGUUCCUUUUUCUUCGGCCCCACCGAGAUAUCUGCCCUCAGGAAGCACGUGCCACACCACCUCCGCAGGUGCUCCACGUUCGAGCUCCUGUCUGCGUGUCUCUGGCGCUGCCGCACGAUCGCCGUUGGACCCGACCCAGAUGAGGACGUGAGGAUCAUCUGCGUCGUUGAUGCACGUACCAAGUUCCGACCGCCCCUUCCGGCAGGCUACUACGGGAACGGCAUCGCAUUGGCGAUGGCUAUCUCGCCGGCCGGGAAGUUGUGUCAGAGUCCGUUGGGAUAUGGACUGGAACUAGUGAAAAAGGCGAAAUCUGACGUCACACAAGAGUAUAUGCAGUCUGUAGCGGAUCUGAUGGUGAUAAAGGGUCGGCCCCACUUCACGGUAGUACGGACUUACCUCGUGUCGGAUGUGACACGUGCUAGGUUUGGGGAGAUUGAUUUUGGGUGGGGAAAGCCUGUUUAUGGUGGGCCAGCGAAGGCGGGUGUGGGGGCCAUUCUUGGGGUUUCUAGCAUUUUUAUACCGUUUAGGAAUGGGAAAGGGGAGGAUGGACUUGUGGUGCCGAUUUGCUUGCCAGGGCCAGAUAUGGAGAGAUUUGCGGUCGAGAUUGAAAGCAUGAUCCAGGAGACCAUGCUUGAUGGGAGCUCCAAGCUUUAGAAGAUUUAAGGAAAGAUAAAUCUAACGGUCGCCACAAAACAACAUGCUGCGACUGGUCUAGUA